GUGUUGGAGUGGGCUUGGAAGUAGCUUGCAAUGCUUGUCACUUCAAACGUCUCUCUAUUGCGCGAAGAUACUGUGGCUUGUGAAUGGUAGUUAAACUCUGAUUAUACGGCUUCCAAAGUGAUAUUAGUCGUCAUGCUUUACAGCUUUUAAAUGUAUGGACGGCGACACCUGCAUUGUUUCUUGGAAGUUUCGCCAACCGCAAACAGUUGGGCUGCAUUCCGUCAAACCGCAACGCUGUGAUCGGACCGCUCUCUACCUGCUCCUGCGCGUUACUUGCUGAAGUAAUCUCUCUCCCGUCCUCAAUUUGCCGUUUUUUCUGGUUUGACUGAAUCGUAAGGAAAUUCAUGAUGGUUUUUAAGAAUUGCUCUGAUUUAAAUUAAGAUCAAACUGCAUUUCCUCCUUUGGAUUGAAUGCUAUAUGCAGUGAAAAUGAGUUUACGGUGGAUCUUGUUAGCCGCUUUGGCUGGAAUCAUUACCAUAACUCCGGGAACACAAGGAGCUUGUGUCCACCAGGGAUCCCAGUACCAGAACAACUCAACAUGGAGACCUCAGUCCUGCGAGGAGUGCAGUUGCUAUGGAGAUGUGGCCGUGUGCACACCGGCCCGCUGCCCAAACCCCCAAUGUGACUUCAAACGGGGAGAGAAGCUGCGCAUCCCUCCCAGUGGCUGCUGUCCGGAGUGUCUGGCCCCAUCCCUCGGGGCGUGUCAGCAUGAAGGAGCCGUUUAUGGGGAUGGCAAGCCAGUGGAGCGUCUCCCUGUGCUCUGUGUGUGUGUGCUCCCUGGGGAGGGUGUCCUGCUCGCCGCCUCCCUGCCCUCCUCUCAGCUGCCUAGCUGGCCAGAGCCCCUUCACUCCUGCUGGAGAGUGCUGCCCCAAGUGUGCCCCGCAUGGAGCUCCCUGCCCCAGUCAGGCCUGAAGUUUCACCUCAAGUCUGUUUGA